UGCUAGCAGGAAGAGCCCCCUUCCAGGCCCUGCCCAUCCCGCAGAUGGGGCGGGGGGCGGGGGUGUCAUUAUGCAGAUUGGACUGGUGUCUUCCUGUGACCAUAGAAACGGAACCUGUGCUCUUUCAGCUGUGUUCUGAGGAAGGGCUAUUUAACACUGGCACCUGAGGAUCUGCCACACAGAGCGUCCUCACCUCGGGACAUCCCAGGGCACUCACCCUCUGCGUCCAACUGAGAUGGGAUGCCACUCCAGCAAGAGCACCAAGGUGGAAGGGGCGUCCCAGAAACCUGCAGAACAGCCCGAGGGAGAGGAACCAAAUCUGCGGGCUGGCACAGAGGCAGCAGAUGGCAAAGACGCCUCCUUGAAGGAUGGUGCCCCUGAGCAGAAGAACUGAGAUGCUUCUUGCUGGAUUCGGACCCUCACCUCAUCCGUGGAACUGCCUUUGGCCAAUGAAACUCGGGACAAACCCCAUCCUGAGAAGCUCCAAAGAGAGGGAGGAGAGAGAAAUUCCCGCCUUUGGGAUUCAGGCUUCAGAAAUUACCUUCAUCGGGCUUUGCUCUGGAGCUGAGAGGGAGAUGUGGCCACGGGGAGUCCUAUUUCCCCAGCUCUCCGAUAGAGAGGACGAAAGAAGUCUUCACACAUCCUGGGACUUUCCCUGAGCUUCUGGAAACGGGGGAGCCCCAUAGCAGACUGCUCUGGCUCUGGUGAAUCUCUGCUGCUGAGCUGUGACUGUCUUGUGACCCUACCCCCUUCCAUGUGCCUCACGUUUCUGAACUCUGAAAGCUCUGUGGUCAUAGCAUCGAUGGGGAUGUGUGGUACUCGGUUUCUUUCUUUCCUUCUUUCUUUCUUCCUUUUUUUUUUUUUUUUUGGUUUGUUUUUUUCUCUCUCCUUUUUUCUAAUAGCUGGCUGAAUAGCCAGUGCCCAUCACAGGAAGGUUUGGGGUUUGGCUCACUCCACACUGUUUGUAUGAAUACUUUAAUAUUUAACUUGGAGAAUUGUUAAUGAAUUAUGGGAAAAAUCAGGAUCAGACUGUGAUCAUGGCAAUGGGAGACAAGGCCUUGAUCAUCCAGUGCGUGGAACACUGAGUGCUGGUGGGAAGGAAGGAGGAGGGAUUCAUGUUCUUGGUUUUUUAAUCCCCAGAAAAAUGUCCCUCUGCUGAUGUUCCUGUGUCUCCUCACAUCAAGAGUCUGUCAAUCUGAACCCUCUAGCGUCUGAGCUAUCUGUGUCCAGCCUUUGGAAAUAUUUCGCUGUUUACUGACAUGUCUGUCAGCUUCUCUUUUCCCCCCCUUGCAUGUGUUUUGUUUUUAAUUCGACCCCAAAGCAUUUUAAUUUGAAAUCAAAUGGAUAUGUUUGCAAAUAAAUGAUGACAUAACACGUUUGAAAGACCGGACUGGGGAGCCGGGAUUAGAGGAUCAGCGGGGAAGUAUGGGUGUGAUUCUGUAGAACGCAGGUGAGCGAAGGGGCUAUGGAGACAGCACGUUACUGGAAAUGACCCUUCUUUUUGGCCAUCAAAACCUCAGAAACUGAAGAGGAUUCUUUUGAGAAUCUUGCACCUGGGGUAAAGAGCAGGAAAGAAGGAAGGACAAGAAGUAGAGUAAUUCGACCUGCAAAUUGACUGCAGAGCGCUCCUGUUGCUUCAGCGUCUUUUAGGGAGGGAGCAAGAGAGAUGGGGCCCACUCAGCUGGCCCGAAGCCCUGCUUUUUCCCCGGGGGUAGGAAACUUGCAGUGGGCCAGGAAACAGGCCUGGGCUUGCAGCUGGGGAUCAGGAAGUUUGGGGCCUCUUUCUACAGCUUUCUGGGCAUAGGCCAAGCUCUGGUAACUGCUUUCAAUUUUUUUUUUUUUUUUUAAUACAAUUCUGUUUUUCUCCCUCCUCCCACCUAAUGGAAAUUCAUCCUGCAAAAUAGGACAGUGUCUGGUAAGAAGCUGCUCACAGUAUACACCCUCAGGACUCCCGGAAAAAGUUCUCAGCUGGUGGUGAGGUUUUGAGGCAGGGUGGUGCUUAUUUCACCAGCUCCUGAGGGGCAAAACUCACUCAGCUUCUUAGCAAAUCAAGUGAAGGAGACUCCAGGUCCUCAGAAGUUCAGAAAACAGGGUGGUUUGUUUUGCUUCCUUCUGAGAUGGUGUAAAAUGCUUGUUUAAUUAAAUUCAAGAUCCCUGUGGGUUUUAAAAACUGGAUUCUUCAUCCACCUCCAGCUGUGGCAGGCACGCUGCAAUUUGCCAAGAAGCUAAUCUGUAACAGGAAAUAGGACCCAGUUUCUUUGUAAGGACAUUCCAGUUGUGCCAUUGGGGCUCAGUAUCACUCAUCUGUGUCCCUCUGAGGCUCAAGUGCCUGGUGAAGGUGGCCAGAAUUAUGUUUACUCAAAUGAGCUUGAAACUCUUUAAAGACAGGUCUGCAUAGACUUGGCCCAUAACUUGAAAGCCAUUGCUCUGGCCCACUUCCAAAACUACUGGAAGAGGAGGAGUUUGUUUACUAGUCACCUUUCUAUCCACCUAUCCCUCCAUCUAUUCAUCCAUCUAUCCAUCCAUUCAACCUCCCAUCCAACCAGUCCAUUCAAUCCAUCUAUCUGUUUGUCUAUCCAUUUACCUACAUACUUACCUUCCUACCUACCUAUGCAUUCAGCUCUUCCCUUGGAUGUUUCAGUUAUAUGAGGCAAUAAACUUCCCAUUUCAAACCAAAUUCAUUCAUUAAGCAGAUAUUUAUUGAGUUUCUACUCUUCUCUAUCACUCAAUCAUUUAUUCCUUGCUUUAUCCAUCCAUUAAUCCAGCAGUUACUGGAAGACCACUCUGUGCCAAACUCCCUAUUGUUAAUAAAAUAUUGAAGUGUGUCUAGUGGGAGCACAGCCUGGAGUAGGGUGGUUCAGAGAGAUCUUUCCAGCCUAGGUGAGACCCAUGUGGAGCCUUUAAGAGUAAGUAGGGAUUGGCUAGAGAAAGAGGAUGAGUGUUUCAGGGGAAGGGGAACGUAUGAGCCGAGAUUGGAGGCUACAUCAGGCAUGACGUGCAGUGUUGUGGGAGCCUGAAGGUCACAUCACACAGUGACAGGGAGGUGAGGCUUAAUAACUAAAAGGAUCAGAUCACGAAGGGCCUUAUGCUUCAUACUUAGAGGCUGAGAGUUCAUCCUAAUGGUAAUGAGGAGGCCACUGAAGGUCUUUAGGUAGAGGAAUAAUGCCAGGAUGUCAGUUGCUUUUGACUGCUUUGUAUCUUGCCUUCGGGUAACAAAUCCCAUCUUUUCCCUUUGGGGAACCCUUUUCUUACCCACUCUCAGUUUACAUGACUUGCUGAUCCCAUUCUCGGGCUCAAGGCUGAGUGCUGUAUGUGCCUGGUCGAAUUGACUAAUUCAAGGAAGGGCAUCUGACCCAAACCAGUCUUCCUGGAGACUUUCUGCUGACACAACAAGGAAAGAAGUAUUCACUUUCUUUUGGAGUUAAUAAAAUUGCAGGAUUUUAGCUUGGAGCCUCUUAAUGGCAAUCUUCCCACCACUGGGGAGGGUCUGCUUGAGAAUGAAGCCACAGCAGAUAGUGGAGCUGAGAGGAGAGACAUAUUCCCAAUGAACCUGUUUGCGCAACUGGAUCCAGCCAUGCCAGAAGCUGUUACCACCCCUAGAAGAUUUACACAAGCCAAUAAACACUCAGUUUUUUUUUUUU